CCAGUGGUGGAGAGAAUGCAUUGCUGUAGUAUUUGAAGAAAAUCUAAUAAAAGAAACUAGGUUCAAUUAAUGACAAGGAUUAUUGCACAACAAUAUUGCUGAAUAAAAAAUAAUAAAAAAUGGAAGAAAUAUAUUUGGAGAGACUAAAUAAAUUUGUAUCUGGAAUAAAAAACCUGUCCAACAGUUCCAAGGUCCUUUGUACUUUGAAGUCGUGGAGUGAUGAGGAGGAAGAACAAGCCAAGAUUGUUUCAGCAAAAUUACAAGCCGUGAUAAACCGAUUUAACACGGAGCUUUACCAAUAUUUUAAUACAGCUACUAAUCCGAAUGCUGAUGAAAUAUCUAUUCUGACGACAGAGCAAUUAAAUGGUGAAGAAGCACUAGCUGAAUUGAACGCGCUUAUACAAUCAAAACGAGACAAGUCUGGUUCUUCAUCCACCUCAAGUCAUCCUACCAAUAGAGGAAAGUUGCCCGAGCUUCAUUUGCCAACAUUUGAUGGGAAUGUUCUUCAGUGGACACAGUUUUGGGAUCAAUUUAACUCGAAUAUUGAUCAAAGGGAUCUGAAAGAUGUAGACAAGCUCCUUUAUCUGAAAACAUCUUUGAAAGGAGAUGCGAAGACCAUUUUAGAUGGAUUGGAAACAACUAAUGAUAAUUACAAAAUAGCUGUUACUAUGCUUACCAGCCGAUAUGGUAGAAAAUCACAGAUAAUUGAUGCUCAUUAUUCAAAACUAUAUAAACUAAAGAGGGCUGAGAACCAGGACGAAUGUAGGAAAAAGUUAGACGAUAUUGAUCGGCACCUUAGAAUAUUAAACUCCUUAGGAGAAAAUACUGAACACAAUCACCUGAGAUUCCUAAUUAUGGAGAAAUUCCCCGAAGAUAUUAUAUACGAGUUGAAAUUGAAAUUAAAGGAUGAAUCCAUAGAGGAAUUAAGGAGAGAACUGCAGGUAGUGCUAACAGCCAGAGAAGAUGCUAAAAGAACUUGCAUGGAAGACAACAGCAAAGACAAAAAUUACACAACAGAAACUCUUCUCAUACAAGAGUCAAAAAACAAAAGAAAACCCAAGUCAAGGAAACCAGAUGCUAACAAAAUCAACCAUAAGAGGUUCAAACCAACUGUGACUGCCUUUAGUAAGAUAUAUAACAAUAAACGAAAGUUCAAAGAAGAAGAAAACCAAUCUGCACCCAUUAAAAAGAAAAGGAAGAUCUCAUGUAUAUUUUGUGGUGGAGAUCACUUCAAUGACGAAUGUACCAAUGUCAAAACCAUACCACUUAGAAAGGCAAAAUUAAAUAAUCGCUGUUAUGUAUGUUUAGGUUUAGGCCACGGUGCAAGGACGUGUAAAAACAAAACAAGAGUUUGUCCGCAUUGUGGGAUGAAAGGACAACACAACCGAGCGCUGUGUCCUACAAAGGAACAACUUAAGAAAGAGACUACCACCUCAUUACAUAUCAACGACGAUUCACCUACUGUUCUGCAGACAGCUAUUGUUAAUGCCAUAGGAAGGAACAAUACAGUCAUUAAAUGUCGUGUACUUUUAGAUUGUGGUAGCAUGAGAAGUUAUAUUUUACAAAAGGUAGCUAGAAAACUUAACCUGGAACCAGAAGAAAAACAAUGUCUUACAGUAUUCACCUUUGCCGGGGAACAACCGUAUGAAUUAGAAAGUCCAUUGGCUAGACUCUAUCUACAAACAAAAACAAAUAAAAUGAAAUUAAUAUACGCAAAUAUUGUGCCUACUAUCACUCGUGACAUAUCCACUUUUAAUAAAGAUUUCUCGGAAUGGAGACAUCGAGACCAGUAUCUUCUAGCCGACGAUGGAUCACUUGAGGAUCAAAUUGACAUCCUGAUCGGAAACGACUAUUACCAAUCACUAAUGUUGUCUGAGAAAAUAGAGAUAAAGGAAAAUCUUUAUCUAGUAGACUCUGUGUUUGGUUGGAUACUAUCUGGUCGAUCGAGAGAGGAAAGGGGAGACGAACUGUCCGUACUCACGUACUUCCAAGCUUCAUAUGAGACCAAGUUAAACGAACCUGAUCCACCGUUGGAUAAUACAUCUAUGAAGACUUUGUGGGACCUAGAAUCUAUUGGAAUUGUCGACUCACCUAACACCAAUAGAGACGAAGAAGCAAUCAAGCACUUCAACGAAAACACCAUGUUGAAGGAUGGAAGAUACCAAGUCAGCUGGCCAUGGAAAGAUUAUCCUCCACAGUUACCAACUAAUUACGGAUUAGCGUAUGGAAGACUCGUGGGACUCGUUAAGAGACUAGAUAAAGAAACUUUAUCACUUUACGAUAAGACACUAAGUGAUCAAUUGGAAAAGGAAAUUAUCGAAGAAGUUCCUAACGAGAAAGGAAAGGAACAUCCCAUACAUUACUUACCGUUCCAUGGACUAAACAAAGAAUGCGAAAAGUCUUAA